AGUUUUUUUUUAACAAUAACCAUUCUCAGAAAAAUAUAAAUAUAUUGUCACCUCACCGUCCUCUCUUUAUUUUAUCAGUCUAUCGAUCUAAUUCCAGUUAAUAAAUAAAUAAAAAACUUAUUAAAAAAAAACUCAAUCUUUAUUCCCUACCUAGGGUUAUCUCGUCUUACAAAUCCAACCCAGAAAAAAGAAGGCUUUGCCAAAGCCAUGAAUACCUGUACCCAACCCACUGUACAGAUCUUCUCACCAGCUUUUCUGUUACCAUCUUAGCAAAAACCUUGCACAAAUUUCAGCUUAAAGGGUUUUUGCUUCUCUUUUAUUAGAUGCAAAUUUUGCUUCGGAGAUUCAGCUACUGAUUAUUGUGAGGGUUUUAGUUUACUGGUUCAGUUCUGUUUUCGUGUUCUAUUAGAUUUAAAUAUACAGUGGAGAUAUAGAAGAGUGUAGGAUAUGGAAGGGUUUGAGAGUAGGGGUAGUAUUCAAGAGGCUACCUGCUCCGUCCCUCAAGAUCUCAACCAAUUGCAACUUAAUACCUCAGGAGAUGCGGUAUUUGAUGCAUCGCAAUAUGCAUUUUUUGGUAAAGAUUCUGUUGAGGAAGUUGAGUUGGGAGGUUUAGAUGAAGAGGAUGCUCCAGUUGGGUUUGAUGAGGAGGAGUUUCUAUAUGAUAGAGAACAGGGUGAUGUAUCUCUAUCUGAUAUUGAUGAUCUGUCUUUAACUUUUGAAAAGUUAAACAAAGAUGUUAGUGGAACAAGGCGUGCUGGAGUAAUUGGUGAUAGAGGAUCCAGAGAAAGUUCAUCUGCUGCUGAAUGGGCACAGGAACAUUUCCCUAACUGGAUUGAUGAAGAUAUAUUGGAUGCUGAAAGCCUUCAGGAUGGGAAACGAUGGUCUUCACAACCGUUUUCUUCUUCUGCACAUCCCACAGAAUCAUUGCCUUUGUACAGAACUUCUUCAUAUCCUGAGCCCCAACAACAACAGCAGCAGCAGCAGCAGCAUCAUCAUCAUCAACAUUUUUCCAGUGAACCAAUUCUGGUGCCAAAAUCUGGUUUCACUUCAUAUCCUCCCCCAGGUGGCAUCUCUCAGCAGGCUUCGCCAAACCGCCAAUCAAGCCACCUGAACCCAUAUCUUGCUGGUGGACCCCAGGGGGGAUUAUCUUCACCAAACCACUCUCCUUACUCUAACUCUCAACUUCAAAUGACUGGAUUACCUCAUGGAUCACAUUUUGGUGGAAAUUUGCCUCAGCUUACUUCUGGCAUCUCUGCUAAUAGCCGACCCCUAAAGCAAUGGGCCAACCAAAGUGGCACAUAUGGAGAUCAUCCCAGUCUUUUAAACAAUUUAUUGCAACAACAGUUAUCUCAUCAGAAUGGCUUAAUGCCUCCACAAUUGAUGCAUCAGCCACAGCCACAGCCACAACCUCCUAGACUGCACCAUCCAGUUCAGCCAUCAUUUAACCAGUUGUCAGUGAUGCAGUCUCAACUAUUUAACCCCCAUCUUUCUCCAUCCCCGCCCUUAAUGAGCAAGUUUGAAGCAAUGCUCGGUAUGGGUGAUCCUCGAGAUCAAAGGCCAAAAUCAGCUCAGAAAGUCAGACUAAAUAUGCGUUUUUCUCAAUAUGGCUUUGAUACAGGUAGCCAUAGGAGUGAUGGUGGGUGGCCACAAUUUAGGUCCAAGUAUAUGACAGCUGAUGAAAUUGAGAGUAUACUCCGAAUGCAGCUAGCUGCUACACACAGCAAUGACCCAUAUGUGGAAGAUUAUUACCACCAGUAUUGCCUUGCAAGAAAAUCUGCCGGGGCAAAGUUGAAACAUCAUUUCUGCCCAACUAACUUAAGGGAUCUUCCUCCUCGAGCACGAGCUAAUACUGAGCCACAUGCUUUUCUCCAGGUAGAUGCUCUUGGGAGGGUUCCCUUCUCUUCAAUACGUAGGCCUCGUCCUCUUCUUGAAGUUGAGCCUCCAAAUUCAUCUAGUCCUGGCAACACUGAACAAAAGGUUUCUGAGAAGCCACUAGAGCAGGAGCCAAUGCUUGCUGCUAGAGUUACAAUUGAGGAUGGGCUAUGUCUUCUCCUAGAUGUGGAUGACAUUGAUCGUUUUCUACAGUUCAAUCAACUCCAAGAUGGUGGAAUACAGUUGAAGCGUAGGCGGCAGGCCUUGUUGGAAGGGCUUGCAACAUCUCUUCAAUUGGUUGACCCACUUGGCAACAAUGGCCACACAGUUGGGUCUGUCCCUAAGGAUGAUCUUGUAUUCCUAAGGUUAGUUUCUCUUCCCAAGGGCCGGAAGCUCCUAGCAAAGUACCUGCAGCUUCUUUUUCCAGGUGGUGAGCUCAUGCGAAUAGUCUGUAUGGCCAUCUUUCGUCAUCUAAGGUUCCUGUUUGGUACCCUCCCUUCUGAUUCACGGACUGCAGAAAUUUCAAAUAUUCUUGCAAGGGUUGUUUCAUCAUGUGUUCGAGGUAUGGACCUUGGUGCACUUAGUGCCUGUCUUGCAGCAGUGGUUUGUUCCUCGGAGCAACCCCCGCUUCGCCCCCUUGGAAGCCCCGCAGGAGAUGGGGCCUCCCUUAUUCUCAAUUCAGUUCUUGAGAGGGCAACUGAACUCUUAACUGAUCCUCAUGCUGCAAGCAACUACAACGUGACCAAUCGGGCACUUUGGCAGGCCUCCUUUGAUGAAUUCUUUGGCCUUCUGACAAAGUAUUGUGUAAAUAAAUAUGAUAGUAUAAUGCAGUCACGUCUAAUGGAGGCCUCUCCAAAUGUGCCUGUUAUUGGCGCAGAUACAGCCAUAUCUUUUAGUCGUGAAAUGCCAGUUGAGCUGUUGCGUGCAAGCCUUCCUCACACUGAUGAGCACCAGAGACAGAUGUUGUUGGAUUUCACACAGCGGUCUAUGCCCAUAGGAGCAUCUAACAGUCGUGAUGGAGGAAAUGGUUCUCACAUGAAUUCUGAGUCUGUGCUGAGUUGAUGCUAAACCAUGUGAAGAUGUGAGAAACAGAGUUUAGAGAAGAAAAAGGGAUUUGAGAAGGCAUUCUGUUGGAUUGCGAAAUUGUUGGGUUCUUUUCUACUUGUGCUUUUACUUAUGAGUGAAUGCAACAUCUUAAGCGAAUAAAGUGGGUGUUAAAGGGCAUAUAUAUGAUUCGGGUAAGUUUAGUAGUUUAGGUUCAUAUGUUUUUACUUAAUUUCAUGUUUCUCUGGAAAAAAACUUGUAAGCAAGCCUCUCUUUGUAUUCAAAUCGCAUGGUACAGGUUUCCUUUUUAUAUAUAUUUUAGGAGGGUGUGGGUGAAGUAGAUAGUGUUCCUCGACUUAGGAGCUUAUUUUGAUGCUCUGUUGUGGAAUUCUGAGAAUAGAGAUGUAGGAGGGCAUAUUUUGAUGCUCUGUUGUGGAAUCCUUAAAAUAGAGAUGUAGGUGGGAGGUAUGGUAUGUACAGUGUUCAGUGCAGUUGAUUUCCCACAUUCUUGUAAAAAGAGGGUGACCCGUGCACGGGACUCUUACUGAUGCAGGGUUUGGGGAGGCAAGACAGUAACACAGCCAUUUACAGAGAUUGCUUUAGCGACUUGAACCCGCAAUUAUUAGGUUUGGGGCUAGUUUACCAUUGAGAAGCGCAGCUCUCACUUCUCGCAUUCGUUUACCGUUUUUAAUAUUCAAGAAUGUUGGAUGGAGGUCUUUGUUUUUGUUAUGUUCCUUUCUUCUACAAUAACUGCAACAGGCCAUGCAGAUAAAGGUUAUAGUCUUCUAGACACGUAGUGUGUUCAUUCUGUGAAGGUUGGAUUUUGAGCUAAGAAAAUAGUUUGCUCCAUUUGGUUGGUGCUGUCUGUAGAGACACUCUUUGUUUCUCAUUUUGUUCCAAGUUUAUUGCUAAAGUUCUCAUCUCUCUACUUAUUAAACUGUGGGUGGACUGAUUUUGAGAUGGAAUGGAGUAGUGAUGAUUUGUUUGA